CCUAAGUGGUGUCUGUACAGUGUUGUGAUUAUAGAGAGUGGGGAGUAUGUUUUAGCUGCGUCAGGUUCCUGGAUGCGAAAGGGUUUUCAAAGCCGUGACUAACACUCGAGAAACAGCGCUUCACCCCUAUCGUCUGAAGAAGUGGCACCUGUUCCAAAAUGAAUAGGCUGGCUGUAGUAGCAGUCCUAGAGCUGCCUAUUUUGUAACUAAGUUCUACCUUGGCAGCAAUGUGAGGGUUGGAGGUGGAAGUUACUUACCAGAUAAAAAUGGCUGCACAACGAGUUGGGACUUUCAAAGAGUUCUGCCCAUUGUAUUCCAUUCUGAAUGCUAUUCCUGCAAAGGUGCAGAAAGGAUUCCGUUCUAUCCUGGUUUACCUAACUGCCCUUGAUGCCAACAGUGAUUUCAUUGCCGUGGGCAGCAGCAUUGGAAUGCUGUAUCUGUACUGCAGACACACAAGCCAGAUGAAAAAAUACAGCUUGGAGGGCAAGACGGAAUCUAUAUCUGUGGUGAAGCUUCUCAGCUGUUUUGAUGACCUGGUUGCUGUGGGCACUGUAUCUGGAAGAGUGGCAGUUUUCCAACUAGUGUCUCCUUUGCCUGGGAGAAACAAGCAGUUAAGAAGAUUUGAUGUACUUGGCAUUCAUAAAAGCAACAUCACUGCCCUGGCCUGGAGCCCCAAUGGCAUGAAGUUAUUUUCUGGUGAUGACCGAGGAAAAAUCAUUCAGUCUGAUCUAGACUUUGACAAGGGCUUAUGUAAUCCCAGCCUUAUCCUGGAGGAGCUGUCUUCUGUCGUACAAUUGGACUACAGCCAGAAAGUGCUGCUUGUGUCUACCACUCAAAGAUGUCUCUUGUUUUACACUGAGGAAAAGGCUGUCAAGCAAGUUGGAACUCAGCCUAGAAAAUCCAAUGGAAAAUAUGGCGCUUGUUUUAUUCCUGGACUCUGCAAGCAAAGCGACCUGAAGCUGUUUGCAUCAAGACCUGGUCUGCGCCUCUGGAAAUCUGAUGUACAUGGAUGUGUACAGUCUACUUUCAUUUUAAAGGAUAUGUUCAAAGGACUGGAACAAUUUGAGCUCUAUCCCCGUGUGGAAACCUCAAACAAAGACAGUUUUGUGUUGUCUGAAAAGCAUUUUGGUCUGCUGUAUUGUUUCCUACAUGAAGGCUGGGUUCUCAGCUGGGAUGAAUACAGCAUCUAUCUAAUUGACACUGUCAAUCAGGCUGUUAUUGGUGGUCUGGAGAGUUCAGGUGACAUUGUGUCUGUGUCAUGUACAAACAACGAAAUCUUUUUUAUAAAAGGAGAUAGAGAAAUAAUAAGAAUCUCCAACAUGCCAGAAGGGGCUUUAUUUGCAAGCCUGCAUAGCCCUUUCAGAGCACAUACUCCAGUAUUUACGGAGGAUGGGAAACACCACAUUGGAGCAUUGUCAGAAAUGAAAGAAAACAAUAAAAUAGAUGUUCAAUCAAUAAAGACAGAGAAAAUCCAGCUCUGCGCCAUAGAAGAUGAAGAAAGCCUACUGGAUCAGGGGACUGAUAUGAGAAUUAGGACUUGCUCUCUUCCUGCGGAUGAGGUUAAAAGCAGAAGCAGUUCCACGAAUUCUAUAGACAGUGGAUUCAGUCUGACUGUAACUGCAGAGCCAGGGUCUCCAAAUAAUGGGCAGCGGCCCACAUCUCAAAGGUUUAGCAUUAUCAGCAAUGAGGACUUUGACCAAGAGCUUGUUGUGAAGUCAAUGAAGGUCAAAAAGAAGAAAAAGAAGAGAUAUGUAGAAAAUGGACUAAAAAAUCAAGAUGCCUGCUCUCGUGAAAGUACGCCAAGCACAGACAGCCCCCUCACUUUAAAUUCAGACUUUUUUUCUGCCACUGAAAUCUGCCCAGUCAGCAGUAUAGAUCAUCUAAGCUCCCAGGAAAGUCUGUUCAGUGGGAAAAAUCAGGGUGUCUUAGAUAACAGUAUUGACGUUUUUAGUGCUGUGCAGCCCACAGAGACCUUUCCUACUAUCCUGGGCAAUGGGAGUAAUCCCCCUGCAAAACAAACUGAAGAACUUUUGGAUGUAAACAGUGAUAAUAAUGCCGAUCCACUGCCUCCAGCUGAAUGUGACUCCAUAUCUGCUGUAAACUUAUUAAUGACUGAUCCUUUGGAGCUCAAUGUAUUAAUGGUAAAAAAUAAUGCAGCAUUUUUACCUGAAAAAGAUCCUGAUUACAUUGACUGCUGUGCUGUAGACAAAUGCCCUACUGUUUUGGAGACCCUUUCAAGUAAAAACUGUAAUAUCGCCUAUGGUUUGGAAGAGGAGAAGCCACUUGAGAGCAACAAAGAUGAAAUUCUUAUUCUUGAUGAAGACCAGCAGUUUCAAGAAAAAAGCAGGACUUGGCAAGUUUCCUCAAGUUUCAUUGAGGACAGCCCACUGAAUAGUACAUAUUGCACUUCCCAGAGCCCCUCAAAUGACAGUGAAGAACAAAGAAUAGAGGGAGGCAACCAGGAUCCCAUGCUGGCAUCCAGUGAUGAGGAGGACAUAUAUGGCCAUAGGUUUCCACACUCCACCUCAGGGAGCAGUGUAGCAGAUGUGGCAGAAAUGACUGCUUCUCAAGAUAUGGCUUGUUCCACCCAAGAAGUAUCUGGCUUAUUGAAAUCUGAACAGCUUGCAGAGAGUUGGAUGGUUUACUCCGGACCCCCAAAUGGAAUUCUCAGCCUUGUUGUGUCAGAAAAAUACAUUUGGUGUUUGGAUUAUAAGGGAUCUCUGUACUGCAGUGCUUUACCUGGCGCAGGGCUGAGGUGGCAGAAAUUCGAAGAUGGUGUCCAGCAGGUGGCAGUAUCUCCAUCAGGUGCCCUUCUUUGGAAGGUGGAGCAGAGAUCAGACAAGGCCUUUGCAUGUGGGAAAGUGACAAUUAAGGGAAAGCGGCACUGGUAUGAAGCACUCCCUCAGGCUGCUUUUGUAGCACUUAGCGAUGACACUGCUUGGAUCAUCAGAACAAAUGGAGAUCUGUACUUGCAGACAGGCCUAAGUGUUGACCGUCCCUGCGCCAGAGCUGUGAAAGUUGAUUGCCCAUGUCCAUUAUCCCAAAUCACUGCCAGGAACCAUGUUGUAUGGGCACUUACAGAGCAGCGAGGACUCCUGUUCAGGGAAGGAGUUAACAGCUUUUCUCCUGAAGGAGAGGCUUGGAAAUGUGAUCUUAUCAGUGAAAGGCAAGCACUGGAGCCAGUGUGUGUUACUCUUGGAGACCAAGAUACAGUAUGGAUUCUGGAUGCCAGUGGUAAUCUUUGGUUCAGAAGUGGAAUCACAGCAAAGAACCCACAAGGGGAAGAUGAUCAUUGGUGGCAAGUGAAUAUCACAGAUUAUGUGGUCUUCGAUCAUUACACCCUGUUUCAAACACUUUUGCAGGCCACACAAACUGUGGCUACAGUGGCUCAGGCACCCGUGGAGAAGGUGGCCGACAAGCUCCGCAUGACUUUUUGGUCCCAGCAGCCACAAGGUCAGCCCAGCCUUCUAGGUGUCAACAGCAGUGGAGUGUGGAUAACCUCUGGGAAAAAUGAGUUUCACGUUGCCAGGGGAAACCUAGUAGGUACUUAUUGGCAUAAUAUUGUACCACGGGGCACGGCAUCUACUACUAAAUGGGCCACAGUGUCUGCUUCUGCCUCUCCUACUGCAGAAGGAAACAUCCUGUGGAUUUCUCAAAGCAGAAAAGAUCUGUUCUGUUUAAGUGAUCUGAACCCUCCAUAUAGACCUUCUACAGUCCAACUCCCACCGGAGACUGAGAUAGUCCACCUGUCAGCUUGUGGGGAUGCGGUGUGGGCUCUAGAUAAUCAUGGAGGGGUGUUUAUUAGAACUCUUUCCAAAACAUGCCCAACUGGAAUGCACUGGACAAAACUGGACCUUUCUCAGCUUGGUCCAGUGACGCUAUGCAGUUUGUCCUGUGGAAAUCAGCACAUCUGGGCAUGUGACACCAGUGGAGUCAUUUACUUCCGAGUGGGCACUCAGCCCCUCAAUCCAAGUAUGAUGCUACCAGCCUGGAUAAUGAUUGAGCCUCCAAUACAGCCAGUUGGAAUCAACCUAAUCGGAGUGUAUUCCAGUCCAAAUGAUAAAAUGCUGUGGACACUGGACAACAGAUGUAAUGUGUAUGUUAGAGUUGGAAUUACUGAGGAGAUGCCAGUUGGAGUUGAUUGGGAGCAUGUGCCUGGCUUGCAGGCCUGUCAGCUGGCUGUGAGCAUGAGAACAGUAUGGGCAAGGUGUCCAAAUGGGGACAUAGCAAGGCGCUAUGGAAUUACAGAGAAGAAUUCAGCAGGAGAUUACUGGAAGAAAAUUCCUGGAAAUAUGGCUUGGUUUACAGUGACACCAUUGGAUGAACUGUGGGCUGUGGGGAACACAGGGUAUCUUCUACAGCGUCUAACAAAGACCUACAGCCAUUAUCCUAACAUUCCAAAACAUGACAGUGUCUUAGUCAACUCUGACUUUGAAGAUGAAUGGGAAGUCAUCUGACAGAAAACAGCCAGUAACAAUGUAAUAUUUGAAAUGCUGCUAAAAGCCUGUGUUGUCCUUCUUAACUUAUAAAAGCACCUUGCUCUAUUCAACAUAUUUCUACUUUGCUGUUAGACACAAGGCAGUACAGUUUGUACGACUGCUGUUGAGGUCACCAAGUGCAUGGAUGGAAUGCAAAUCCCACACCCAACAGAUUUUUCACACUGCAUGCUCCACAUCUAAUAACUCAAUCCACAAGCUGUUGUUUAUCAGUAGCUAUACAAUGUAAUGAUGUUUCACCAUUAUGCUUGGAGCUGUGUUUGUCUUUUGAAAAGAAGCCACAGAAGAAGUAUAGGUUGCUCCCAGGGAAAGCGGGUGUUGGAUCACAAACGUGAGUCGCCAUUUGCACUGCGUUACAGGACCUAAGACGUUUGAUAUAAGUGCUGGUUGGUACUGCAAAGCUAGUUUUCUUUUGCACUUUCUGUUCUUUUACUCUGUCAACACCGUAUUGAAAGUAGAACAUAGGCAGAGUGAAUGAAAACUGCCUUCUGUAUCUAAAGUGCAUAUGUAUUUCAAUUUUCAUGAAUGAAUCUUCCCACCUGCUACUAGAAGCUCUUUAUUGUUUUAUUUUCUUGCUAUUAAACUUAAACCAUUUCUGCCUCCAUUUCCCUGCAGCUUCCAAAAUUAGAAGUUAAAAAGAAAAAAGAUCUAAACCAAUUCUGCAUUUGGCUGAAGUGACAGAAUUUACUGGUUUGGGUGAGGCACAUGAGUUGUAUGAUUAUGAUUUGCCUUAUUUAAGAUGAAACAGAGAACAGAUUUCCUCUCCUUGCUUGCAUAAUCCCAUAUCUUUUUAUGAGAUAUUCUGGAUUUACAUUGUCACUGUAACUGAGUUGGAACAGUUUCACCUCCAUGCAUGGACUUUACCCUGCUAUAAAGUACUAUGCAUAUCCAUCAAUGUGGCCCUUUGAAGAUAAAAGCAGUGUAAUCCUUAGCCCAUGUAUGGGAUCUCUGACUCCUAGGGGUUUGUAUCAGCAUGCACUUGCUUUCAUCAGUUACUCUCCUUUCCCUCCUUAAUGGGGAUUACGCCACCUUUCACAUGCAACCUUUACAUUUUAAGUAAUUAGUGCCCCCUAGGAUGGCAUAACAAAUUGCUGUGUUUUCCUGGACUUUGAUUUCUGCAUAGACAUUUAGCUUUUCCAUAUUCCAAAGUACAAUAUCAUAACUGUAGUUUGAGACAAUUCAAUAGGUUAAGUAAGGUAAAAAUGGAGCUAUCCUGGAAGCAGAUUUAAGAACAGUUUUCCAGAUAUGAUCUUGAUUCAUAAGGUGAACAGUCCUGAAAGCCUCGGUUAUUGGGAUUUACAUGGUUAAACUCCUAGCCCAGACACAGGGUUCUGCAGUACUGAGCCAAAGUGAGUCUUUGAUCCAUAGACUGGUUAGAGAAGGGCAAACAACAUAAUGUAGACUCUAAGCACCAACAUACCUUAAUUCUACCUAACAGUACUGACCCUUCAUCUCUGUGCCCUAGUACUUUGCUCAUUUAUUGAUUUGCUGUGUUUGGUAGCCAGAAAUCUCAAAGCAGGAUCUUUCUCUAAGCUGUUAUAUGAAAGUACAUUUUACUGCCCUGAAAUGAAAGAAUCCAGUAUACUAAGGUGCCCAGUUUAGCAACUGGAAAAACUGCCAAGAGGUCCAAGUAGGACAUAAUCUAGAAACAAUAAAGGGCCACUAUAUAUAUUUCUUUAAUUUAACAGAGCACUUCUUAAAGGAGGCAUAUCAUAUAAAAAUUAAGAAUGUACCAGUGAAUUAUACUUCUCUAAAUAUAGAAGGAUUAUGCUUAAAAAAAAGUUGUGUAUCAGAAAUUUCCCCAAAACCCUACUAGUCCCGCCCAUCUGUUCCACUUACUGCAGGCUGAAUUCUCUGGGUGUGCAGGGGAGCCGUGGUCUCUCCGUAUACUGCACUGUAGGACAGGGACCAAUCAGCAGCUAGGCUGGCCUGAUAGGGAACUGAAGCCUGUCUUUGCUGUGAUUGGCUAUCCCCAUCCUACUGUGCUUCUGGCAAGGACACGCCCACCCUUCAUUUGAAACACCGACAGAGAGCUGAUAAGAUCUAUAGGAAGCUCCAAUAAAGGGGCCAGAUAGGAUUCAUUUUUAGCCCAUAGUGAAACCAGCACCAUAUAUUAUUCAUAAUUGCCUUCUAAAUUCGUUUUUUUUUUAAUUUAUUUAAUAUGUCUCCUUUAAUUCAGGAUAUUUGUAAGGUGACUAAAUGUUCUGAUUUCUUUGUUAUGGCAAUAAGUAAACUUAGAUACUUCAGAUAUGCAUAUAUGAACCCAUUAUGGCUGUUAGCAGCUAGUCACAUCCCAGGAAUGCUGGUAGAAAGCCCCUAACCCACUGGCUUCUUUUAACAGGAUUGCUUUAACUUUUAUGAAAGCUACCAUCUAUAAAAACCCCAAUUUCUAUUAUAAAGAAGAUGUAAAGGCAAAAAACAACAUUGCUGUACUGAUUGUAAACCCAAGAAGCAUACUUGCUGUGCACUUCAUUUAGAACUGUUUAUCAUUUCUUUAAAGUAACCAAUUCUGUGCAGCUGACUUCACUGAAAGAAAGAAAACUAUCUGCAUUGCUCUGUGUCCCGAAGGGCAGGGGAGCAGAGCGGGGUUGUUUCAUUUGCUUAUUUAUCGUUGAGGAUACUCUAAGGGGCACAUUUACAAAAGCACGAAUGCUCCGAGUGUAUUUUCGCCAAAUUUUUCGGGGCAUCCGCACAACUUUUUCGUACGCUGCGUACUGCUGUUUUCAAUGGUUCGGUACGAAAAUUUUGUGACUUUCGGAUCGCCAAUACGAUAUCGUGACUAAUACAAUUUUUUUCGUAAGUAUUUUCGAGAUAUUUGCGAUCUUCAGAAAUUUUCGUUUCCAAUCCGAAUUUUUCUCAUUCGGGAUUCGAAUUUGUGGAUUAGUAAAUCUGCCCCUUAGUCUGAGACAACUCUGAUUCCCUGCCCUUCAGAAUGCAGAGCUGCGCUGAUAGUUUUCUUUCUAGUCUGGCUGGCCAGAAAUGGAUUCCUGUACACAGCUUUAAUAGGGAGAAGAGACGAUUAGUAAAGUCAUCUGCACAUAAUCUGUUAUUUUAAAGAAAUGGUACAAAUUUCUAAUUGAAGUGCAUAGCAAAUAUGCUUCUUUUGAGGUUUACAAUCAAUACAUGCAAUGUUGUUUUUUGCCUUUACAUCCACUUUAAAAAUCUAAAGGUAAAAGGGUAUAGUGGCCCUUUAAGCUACUUUUAGUUUUUCUUUAAACUUAUAGUGGAACUAAGCCUACAAACAUUGUGUACAGUGUAUACUGUAACUUGUUCUAGAUAUGUUUGUGUACUACCUUUUAUAGAGGGUUUUAGUGAAUCUAAUAUGCUAAUGUAUUAUUUAAGACACGCAUUCAACUUAAUUAAUCUUAUUUUAAAAGUAUUUUAUAGUUGUUUAAAUAAACAAAGACUUAUGUGAA